AUGAAGAAGUCAACUUUGCUGUCGAUUGACGCUUUUGCAAAGACCGAGGAAGACGUGAGAAUCCGAACCAGAACAGGCGGCAUUAUAACGCUGUCAUGCGUUAUGGUAACGCUAAUGCUGCUCUAUAGUGAGUGGAGACAACUCAACAAGGUGAUUAUACGUCCAGAUUUGGUUGUAGACCGUGACCGCCAUCUGAAGCUCGAUUUGAACAUGGACGUGACAUUCCCAAAUCUUCCAUGCUAUCUGCUCAAUUUGGACGUCUUGGACAGCUCUGGCGAAACACAAUUGGACCUUUUGGAAAGUGGAUGGAGCAAAACAAGACUGGAUUCGUCGGGUCAAAGUUUGGGUACCGAAAAGUUCAAGGUUGGAGAGGAGGAUGGAGUUCAACCGACCGACGAAAAUUACUGUGGACCUUGCUACGGUGCUAGAGAUCAAAGUCAAAACGAAGGAAAGCCAAAAGAAGAACAGGUAUGCUGCCAAACAUGUGAGGAUGUGCGUACGGCGUAUGCAAAUGCGCAAUGGGCCUUCUUCGAUGGCAAAGACAUUGAACAAUGCGAACGUGAGGGCUACGUUGAAAAGGUCAACAAGCAUAUCAACGAGGGCUGCCGAAUUAAGGGCAAAGCUAAGCUCAAUAGAAUUGAGGGGAGCAUGCAUUUUGCUCCAGGUAAAGCCUAUCGUAAUGCGCGCGGCCAUUACCAUGAUGUAUCGCUUUACGAUAAAAACCACAAUUUGAACUUCAACCACAUCAUCAACCACCUCAGCUUCGGCCAAGAACUGAACGAGAUUGCCACAGAGAGUGUAUCAACUGCUCCCUUGGAUGGCAAAACUGUGAAACCAGACAUCGACACGCACUUUCAUCAGUUUACGUAUUUUUUGAAAAUCGUGCCCACCCGGUUCGAACAUCUCGACGGUACGAAAUUGGAGACCACACAAUUCAGCGCCACAUAUCACUCCCGCUCCAUUCACGGUGGAACGGACGAAGACCAUCCCAACACGCUUCACGGUCGCGGUGGGUGGCCCAGUCUUUACGUGAAUUUCGAGAUGUCUCCGCUCAAAGUCAUCAACAGACAACAGCAUGCACAAACCUGGUCCGGUUUCAUAUUGAACUGUAUAACCAGUAUUGGUGGCAUUCUCGCAGUGGGCACUGUGGUUGACAAGGUGACAUACAAGGCCCAAAGGUCGCUUUUGGGCAAAAAGAGCGCUUGA